CUUAGAUCUCAUCCCCCCGUCUCUGGACAUCGAGCAUAGAGACAACAACAGCAAUCUAACUAGUGACCUGCCACCCCGUUCUCAUCAUCAUGCCACCGAUCCCGCCACAAUCCAGAUGGCAUUGUUACGCCUGCAACAGCUACUUUGCAGAACCCGUCAGGAACAGCGAAGAGGAUCUUCCACUCUGCCCCAACUGUACAUCGGACGUCGUCGUGGAUCGGGACACGGCGGAAAGCGAAGAUGGAUGGCAAACGGACGGAUCUGCCGACCGAGAGCUAGAGAAUCCUCCUUCUCCCGGAUCAGGGCCUGUGUUUCCAGGCGGAUCGAGCUUUUUCAAUCCACCGAGCAUGGUCAACAACCGACCGACCGAACCCAGACCAACGGCAUCUCGAACUACCGCCACCAACCCAUCGGUCGGUGGUGGUUGGAUGGACAUGAUAGGAAGCGUGCUCGGAAUGACGGGGACCGGAGAGGGAGACGAGGGUCGGAGCGGACAGGGCACCUCUACCGGUGGACCUGCCAUUCGAACGUUCCGCUUUGGGACCCCGGGAGGUGGUGGGACGGUCGCGGGGGGAUCCAUCUCUUUCGGCGGGCCGUCACGACUCGCUCGAGGUCCAGACGGUCGCUUCCCGCUCAUGGGAUCUCCAGAUGAAGAGCGAUCGAAUCUGGACAACGACGGCCGACCGCCCGAUCGAGGCGCUAAUCGCAAUCGCAACGAUCCUGCUCGUCAGGAAGCAGAUGAUCUUGGGGACAUUCUCACGGGUCUAAUGGGCGGCGGAUCUAUGCAUCGAGUCGGUGGACGUGGAGACGGUCCGGCAGUCUUCACCAACGCCCGCCCCGCAGGGAUGACCCCGAAUCGACCGGACACUCUCGAGGGCAUGCUCCAGGCAAUGAUGCUCCACAUGAUGCACCCCCAAGACGAUGAAGUGCCCUGGUUCAUGCAAGGAGCAGGACUAGGGGGAGGCGAUCGAGGUAGACUGGGCGACUAUGUGUACACACAAGAGGGUUUCGAUGAGAUCAUGGAGAGUAUGUUGGAGGCUGCGGCUCAACACAACCACCCACCGCCGGCGAGCGAGACUGUCAUCGAGGGGCUUCCCCGGUUACGGUUGGACCAGGAAACUCUGGAUUCGAUCCAACAAACCAACUCGUCGUGCAACAUCUGCUUUGACGACUUUCAGCUGGACGAAGAAGUCGUCAAGAUCCCUUGCAAGCAUCUAUUCCAUACGCCGUGUCUCGUACCUUGGCUCAAGCAGAAUGGAACUUGUCCAGUUUGUCGUUUCUCACUUGUGCCUGAUGCCGAAGCCCGACAAUCUGCGUCUUCGUCCGAUAGGACCGGUGGAGCGCCACCGACUGGAUCGGUGAACCCAUUUGCGGCCGUUCUCAGCGGAUUGUCUGGGCUCUUGCAAACGCAGAGGGCGCCUGUGGCUUCGACUUCCGAACAACCCGCAUCGACCCAGGAUACGCAACCUCGGGAUCUACCUCAGGUUGACGAGAGCAGUCAAGGCGAGGGACCCGCAUCGGCAACCGCACUGCCACUUGUCACCGUUGAAUCAGAUACGACGAUGGCAUCACCAACCGCGCAGUCGGGUCGAGAAGUCGAGUCCACGCCGCAAACGCCUGCGCCUGCGCCCUAUGCCAGCGCGAUUCCUUCAGAUUACCGUGAAACCAUGCGUCGACGGGAACAAGACAUGCGCGAGAGGCGUGCUCAGAGCCGGGAUCAACCAGAUCAUGAAUAGGAAGGGGCGACAUGUGCAGUGAGAAAGUCUUCGAUCCUAGUCGAUGAGCCUGAGAAGAGGGCAUAUACACCAGUCACACUAUUCAUCAACUCUUCUGCCUCUAGCGAUAUACGAAUGAGCAGAUGGAAGCGGAUUGUAAAGCGUUUUGAUCGCAGACGGCGCCCUGCCAUUACCGUUGCGAUACAUGAUAUACCCUUUCUGAUCUUGGAACGACGAUUCGCCGAUGCUCAUGUAUUCCUAGAUGUCCAACGCUCAAGACAAAAAGGGUGCAGGUGGAAGAACAAUAAGCGACUUGACGCGACGAUCAUCAGGAUCGUGACGUCCGGGAAGCCUGAUCGAAAACGCACUACAUAAGCAGCUUGUUGCUUCUUUCAUACCAAUAUAUAUGAUAAUAC